AUGGUGCAAGCGCCCAUGAUAUCUUGCCCGCUCAAGACCACAUCGGAGGUGAGCUGGGUCGAACCACUGUCCCAGUAUAUCCGCACGAGUUAUGGAGACGACCCCAGCAAAUAUGUCGAAGAGAUUGGAACGUUAAACAGGUUACGGCAAGACAUGAGGGGCGCAGGCGCCGACUCGGCAUCUGGAAGAGACUUGCUCUACAGAUACUAUGGACAACUAGAGCUGCUGGACCUCCGGUUCCCCAUCGAUGAAGCGCACAUCAAGAUUUCUUUUCAGUGGUUUGAUGCCUUUACGCGCGCCGCCACAUCGCAGUACUCAUUGGCCUUUGAGAAGGCCUCUGUCAUCUUCAACAUAGCCGCUGUCUUGUCCUGUCAUGCAACCGCCCAGAAUCGGUCAGAGGACAAGGACCUCAAGACAGCCUAUCACUCGUUCCAAGCAUCUGCAGGCAUGUUCACCUACAUUAACGAGAACUUCCUCCAUGCGCCGUCCACCGAUUUAAAUCGAGACACCAUUAAAACCCUCAUCAACAUUGUUCUCGGCCAAGCGCAGGAAGUGUUUAUGGAAAAACAAGUCCGUGACGGAAAGAAACCAGCACUCCUGGCCAAACUUGCUGCACAAGCGCAAUUUCUGUACAGCCAGGCGAAGGAGGGUCUUGAAUCCGAUCAUGCACGAGGGGUGUUUGAGUCUUCUUGGUUGAAGUUGAUCCAGGUUAAAGCAUUACACUUCUCUUCGCUGGCCGAGUACUAUCAGGCUUUGGCAGAGGAGGAGACGAAUCAACAGGGAUCUGCGGUUGCGCGAUUACAGCUGGCAGAGAAGUCAAGCAAGCAGGCCUACUCACUCGCAAAGGCCUUUCCUUCGUCACCGCCCUCUGCUUCAAAUCUCGGGUCUGACACCGCUUCAACGCUACAGUCAAUUACCCGGAGACAGAUGGAGAGUGUACAAGAGAAGCUGGUAGCUUCAGUCAAAGACAAUGAUUUCAUAUACCACCAGACCGUUCCACCAGAAGCGUCCUUGGCCCCCGUCACAAAACUCCCGGCGGCAAAAGCCAUCCCCCUCUCCGAGCUAUAUCAAGGUCAGGAUAUCCAAAGGAUCAUCGGGCCGGACAUCUUUCAGAAAAUUGUCCCCAUGUCAGUCACAGAAUCAGCAAGUAUGUACGACGAAGAGAAGGCGAAGUUGAUUCGAUCCGAGGCGGAGAAGGUUGAACAAGCCAAUGGAGAGAUGGCUGCCAGUCUCGACUAUCUCAAGCUGCCCAAUAGUCUCAAUGUCUUGAAGGGCGGGCUCGAACAAGAAAUGGGUGUAGACAGGGAAUUUGAACAGUGGUGUCAAGAACUGGCGAACCAGCAACCUUUUACAGCAGCUUUUGAACAAUUGCAGAGAGACAAGCAGAGCGUGUUGGAUAGUUUGGCUAAAAGCACGAAACAACUGGACAUGGAGGAGAGCGUGUGCGAGAAGAUGCGAUCCAAGUAUGGAGCCGAUUGGACCCAGCAACCGAGUUCGAGGUUAACGUCGACACUGAGAGCGGAUAUCAAGAGCUACCGCGACACGGUGGAUGAGGCUGGAAACAGUGACGCGCAACUUUUCUCGACAGCGCGGCAGUAUGAAAGUGAUUUUGAAGAGAUGCGUAACGCAGGCGAACAUGGCGAGGCCGACAUUCUGUAUCAACAGGCGUUGAUUAAGGCUGGGUCUGGGACCAAACACAGAGCCAAAGACGCAGACGAAGGCACGCUUCUCGACGAGGACUACGGGGAGGGAGGUUUGUCCGUUGCAGACCAGAUCGCCAAAGUGGAAGAUCUUUUACGGAAACUCAAUCUCGUGAAACGCGAACGGAUGCAGGUCCUGAAAGAUUUGAAGGAGAAAGUCCACACCGACGACAUAUCAAAUGUGCUCAUCCUGAACAAAAAGGCCAUCGCGAACCAAGAGAACCAGUUGUUCCAAGCCGAGCUCGAGAAGUUCCGCUCUCACCAAAAUCGGCUCAUCUCAACCGUCCACAAACAGUCUUCGUUAUUGAAAGAAUUGACCAAGACAUACGGUGAUUUGCUGCAAGAUAAGCGGGUGCGGUCAGACCAGCAGAGGUACGAUGCCGUACAAAAGAGCAAGAACAGUGUUAUGAGCAAGUAUCGAAGAGUCUUCAAUGCGCACGAGGACCUGAUACAGGGACUUAUGCGUGCACAAGGCUUCUACAGCGAGAUGAAGGAAAGCGUCGACAGUCUAGAGAAGAACGUUGAUUCCUUCGUCAGCAAUCGCCGAGCUGAGGGAGCGCAACUGCUUCAUCAAAUCGAACAGGCCAAAAACAGUUCGGCGGAUGGUCAGGCUGCUGCCGAGCAAAAGAGAAUGCAAGAGUUGAUGAACCGCUUGUCGAUGGAACCCAAGGCGACGUCGCCCUCGCAAUCAGACCCUCCUGCUCUUCCUCCUCUACCACCCAUAACGGCUUCCAGAUCGCCGGCACCAGUCUCACCAACACACCCUACCACAAACGCCGACCCGCGCUUUACGAUCCCUCCCCGUCAUUCGCCGGUCCCCGUUAUACCCAAUGGAUAUUCAAAUCAAUUCCAGCCUCCUUCGCAGCCGACGAACCCGUCGCCGAUUGAAUCUCAGCAUGCCUUUGCUCAAGGGGCAGCAGCACCGCUUUCCUCUGGCUAUAAUCCCAUGGCUUACCCUUCGAGGUCGGUUGCAUCACCGAACCAGCAGCAGGCUUCCUAUGGCUUCUCCCCAAUCACUUCACCUCCGCCCGGUUCCAUGAAUACAUAUUUCCCACCAGCUGGCCAAAAUCACCAACCAUUGGCAUUCACUUCCCCAAGCCACCAGUAUUCUCAGUAUGCCUUUCCCCUCCAACCAGGCGCGCCUCCGCCGGGUGCACCUUAUCAAACUCCUUCGCCGCAUCCACAGGGACCCCAAUCCCAAGCACCUUACCAGCAACAACAGCCUUAUCAACCCUCGCCGUCCCCAUACAAUAUGCCCCAGAACUACGUCCCUCCCCCUCCGCCCCCUGGCCCUCCUGGCGGCGGCUCAACAACACAAUACCCUCCUAACCCUUCUGGCGUUUGGGCCAGUGGACCGGGCGGGUACGCGAACUAUACACAUCCCGUCAGAUAUGGGCAACCGAAUCAGCAGCAAGGCCAAAGUCAGGGCCAAGGGCAGACGCAGCAGGCACAAGUUGGGAGUGGGCAAAAUGUCGGAGGACAGGAGCAGGAUCCGUGGGCUGGAUUAAGUGCAUGGAAGUAG